CUUUCUUCACUCUCUUUUUUUCGUGUUUACUUUUUUCUUUCCUUUGAGUAUAUAUACAUAUAAAGAUGGACUUGGUCAACAACUAUGGUUCCAGUGAUGAAGAAGACAGUACACAGAUCUCUACUGUGGCCAGAGUGAAUCCUGCCCCAGAUGCAGGAUUUGAUGAGCAUAUGUCAGGCGCGUUAUAUACAGCACCUACAGCAACAGAAUUGACGGUUAAUGUCACCUAUGAUGAUAUGAACAGGCCUGUUCUAGGUCCUGAGAACCCCUUUACCGAACGUCACCUUGCAACUCAAAACGUCAUUAAUGGCCAUGUGGAGCAACAAGCUAUUUCUGAAAUGGACUUUAGAACACAACGUCGUACUUUUGAGACAUAUGGAUAUGCACGCGAUCCUUCUCUUAGUACUAACCUUGCUGGUCAAACAGGCGAAGGUUUGAUGGGUACAGGUUAUGUCGGUAAUCUAGCAGUAGCUGCCAAAAUGGGAGGUGCUUCCAUCCACGACCGUGUUCAUAAAGACCUGAGACCCAACAAAGAUGUUCGUAAAAAAAGACUCAAUAAGGGUAAAUUGGAUCAAGUAGAAGGACCUGAUGCAUACAAAGGCCCUUGGGCUGGUUACGAGAAUGAUAAUGUGGGUGUUAUUACUGGCUUAGAACAAGAGGAAGAGGAAGUAGAGGAAGAACCUACACCUACAGUAGCCAAGAUAGAGCCUCCUAAGCCUGAAUUCUCUGUCAAGAAUAUUGCUAAAGAGACAAGGACAGAAACGACUGAAUUUCAUGGUGCUCAAGAACGCGAUUAUCUUGGACGUACUUAUAUGGCUGCACCUCAAGAUAUUGAUGUCAAUUUGUUUGGUGAAGCUGGCUCACAAGAAUGCUUUGUUCCCAAGAAGCUCAUUCACACUUGGGCAGGCCAUGACAAAGGCGUCUCGAGUAUCAAGUUCUUUCCUAAAACUGCACAUCUUUUGUUAAGUGGUGGUAUGGAUAAUGAUAUUAAGAUUUGGGAUGUAUAUCAUGACAAAAGUCUUUUACGUUCAUACCAUGGCCAUGAUAAAGCAGUCAGAGACAUUGCAUUUAACAAUGAUGGUACAAAAUUCUUGAGUGUAAGUUACGAUAGAUACAUCAAAUUAUGGGAUACGGAAACAGGUCAAUGUAUUCGUACUUUCUGUACAGGCAGAUUACCUUACUGUGCUACAUUCAAUCCAGAUCCAAGAAGACAAAAUAUCUUUUUGGCUGGUUAUUCUGAUAAGCGUAUUAUUCAAUUUGAUAUCAGAACGGGUGACAUUAAACAAGAAUACGACCAGCAUUUGGGUGCUGUAAACACAAUUACCUUUGUUGAUGAAAAUCGUCGUUUUGUGACUACUUCAGAUGACAAAACAAUGCGUGCAUGGGAAUAUGAUAUUCCUGUUGUUAUCAAAUACAUUGCUGAACCUGAUAUGUAUGCUAUUCCAGCAGUGACAUUGUCUCCCAACAAAAAAUGGCUGGCUUGUCAAUCAUUGGAUAACCAGAUAUUGAUCUAUGGUGCUGGCGAUAGAUUUAGACUGAAUAGAAAGAAGCGCUUCUCUGGUCAUUUGAUUGCAGGUUAUGCUUGUAAACCUAGUUUCUCUCCUGAUGGUCGAUUUGUGACCAGUGGUGACUCAAAUGGUAGUGUCUGGUUCUGGGACUGGAAGACAUGUAAAGUCCUCAAGAAGAUUAAGGCACACGAUAAAGUGGUUAUGGCAGCUGAAUGGCAUCCUCAUGAAACAUCCAAAAUGGCUACUUGUAGUUGGGAUGGCAAGAUUAAAUACUGGGAUUAAAUCAUACUCAAUAAAAAUGAUGCGAUUACACAAAUGUAUAUAAACCUAAAAAAAAAAGCUU